AGAAGAAGAAGAAGAAGAAGAAGACGACACACACACACACACACACACACACACACACACAGAGUCCACCGACAGACAUUCACACAGAGACACAGACGGGAUGGGGGACAACGCUGGGAGCGCGGAGCAGGGCCGGUCAGCGGACAGGUGUCUGAAGGUGCUGUGUCUCCAGGCUGUCCGCACACAUUUCUCUGCUCUCGGGGUUCAGGCUCUUCUCGAUCUUCCAGUGCCUCUCAUUAAGGAUCUUCUGCAUCAUCUGACUAUCUGUCAACUGGAUGAGCUCCAGCCUGCCCUCAAUCAAAGAGGGAUAUCAACAUACUCUGCAUGGGUCAGAGUCCUGCUGGACAUAUGCGGACGGAAGCAUGUAAUUGACGUGCACACAGAAGAAGAGGCCAAACACAGAGUGAUGAGGAGGCUGUUUACUGCUGUCUUCUACGGCUUCACCAACUCGUUCAUCAGACGAAACCUCACAGAUCUGAGCAGCCCAUCCUUCCUGAUGGCUGCAGCUAAAUGUGUCAGACAUUUCUCUCUCAUGACCAUGCACAAGCCUCUUCAAGGUUUAACUGCUGAGCAGCGGCCUCUUCUCAUCCUCCUGGAGAAGCACAUCAGGAGUGUGGGUGUGUCACAGUGCAUCGAUUUAAAGAAAAAGACAGAGACUGCCCUGUAUGUCCUCCACCGCCUACUGGACCAUGGGGUGGCUACAGAACUGGUCGUGCACCUGCAGUCUCCCAUAGUGCUGGCCUGGCUCCUUCAUGGACGGGGAUCUCAAUAUAUGAACCCUGAGCUGAAGAACCUGAUGCACAGUGAGAAUCUGAGCUGUAAUUCAGCAGCUGCUUUAGCCAGUGCUGACAAGGCCAACUGCAGUUUAAGUCUCAGAGCGAGGCCUUCAGAGGACCAGGAGGGUCAGGUCCCAGCAUGUAAACGCUCAAAGAUGGAUUGUGUGUCUGUGGAGGAGGAGGGGGAGUCAUACUAUACUAUGGACCCACAGGCUCUCUGUCCGCUUUUCAGUCUAUGUAAUGGUUCCUCAGCAGGACCUUGUCCAUCGGGACAGAUCCAUCAUCUGGAGAUCAGGAACUGUGGGUCCGACUCCCUGACUGUACUGAACCCUGCCCUGCCCACAUUCUUCUGCCUGCGCUCUCUGACACUACACAGCUACUACUCAACCUUCAGGGAUCCAGAUGUGUGGAGCCUGUCUGUAGCCCUGAGGCAGCUGUUUCAUAGCUCCUGCAGCUCCCUCACUCAUCUGACAGUCAGUGUCCUGCCCCGCACUGACUUCAUGGAGAUCCUGCUGGAUUCAAUCCCUACCGUGACAUCACUGCAUGUGGAGAUCCAGUCUGUGAUGGGCUUCUCACCACGUGAUCCCCAGACAGCUGAGUCACUCAUGUCAGAGCUGCGUCUUGAGAAGCUGACAAUCAAAGUAGCUGAGCUCCAGACAGAUGUGCACUGGAUCACAUCUGUGCUCAGACGAUCUCCACAUCUGACCUCAUUCCAUGCUGCCGGGAUCCGAUUGCCAAUUGGCUCCUCUCACAGUCAACUGCUCACCACUCUUUCAGAGUCCAGCCGCUUAUUGAGGAGUUUGAACCUGGAGGACAUGAAGCUUUCUGACUGUCUCCCUGACCUCCUGAAUCUGCUGACAGUCUGCAGGUUGGAAGAGCUCAGCUUGAAUGACUGCCGCCUCCUUGAGAAGUGUAGUAACCAGGAGGAGGGUUUACAGCAGCUGGUGUCUGCUCUGAGGACGCUACCCUCUCUGCACACACUCAGCCUGGCUCAGAACCGCCUCGCCAGCAGUGUGUCUGUGCUUGCACAGCUGUUCUCCAGAGGCUCAGCGAGCUCAGUGAAACGACUGGAUAUCAGUUCCAACUUCAUUCAGCCUGCUGAGCUGCUGGACUUCGCUGAGAGACUGGAGACACAUUGCCCUCCGCACCUGCUGACUCUGGACCUCAGGAAGAACCCAGCGGAUCGAGACCCACACACAUGGAACACUGCACUGAAGGGGCUCCGUCCCUUCUGUGUUCUCCUCGUUGAAGGAUGGACAUCCACCAACAUGAUGGCAGACCACAUCAGCAACAUGUGAACACAGCACUACCUGUAGAGUGACAGGUGUCUAUAUAUUUGUACUUUUGUAAAGUUUUGAUAAUUUCUUUUUGACAGAAGAGCGACUACAAUCAAUUUGAAUCUUUAGUGUUCAAUAAAACCCACAAAAUGUCCUGAAAAUCA